CACACCGAUCUGCCGGCUGUCAAUUUUUUUGAAUUUGCCCGAAAAGUUCCUUGGAGGCUCCAUCCCACCAAAAAGCAUCACGACCUGUUGCGUUACUAACCCCCCCCGACUCGACACGACAGCCAAUUCUCUUACGACAGGGUCGACCCGAUUUCGAUUGCCUUUCACGAAACCGGAAAUUCAUUUCAGACAACAUGGCUGACGCUGCUCCCCGUGGUGGUGCCGGUGGUGCCGCCGGUGGUGCUGGUGGUGCACGAGGCGGUGGCUUCGGCUCUCGAGGCGACCGUGGUGGUGACCGACGAGGACGUGGCCGUGGCCGUGGCCGUCGCGGUGGAAAGGACAGCGGCGAGAAGGAGUGGCAACCCGUCACCAAGCUCGGCCGUCUCGUCAAGGCUGGCAAGAUCAAGUCCAUGGAGGAGAUCUACCUGCACUCCCUCCCCAUCAAGGAGUACCAGAUCGUCGACUUCUUCCUGCCCAAGCUCAAGGAUGAGGUCAUGAAGAUCAAGCCUGUCCAGAAGCAGACCCGUGCCGGUCAGCGUACCAGAUUCAAGGCCAUUGUCAUCAUUGGUGACUCCGACGGCCACGUCGGUCUCGGUAUUAAGACCUCCAAGGAAGUUGCUACCGCUAUCCGUGCCGCCAUCAUCAUUGCCAAGCUCAGCGUCAUCCCCGUCCGUCGUGGUUACUGGGGUACCAACCUUGGUCUUCCCCACUCCCUGCCCGUCAAGGAGAGCGGCAAGUGCGGUUCCGUCACCGUCAGACUCAUCCCUGCCCCCCGUGGUACCCAGAUCGUCGCCUCGCCCUGUGUCAAGCGUCUCCUCCAGCUUGCCGGUAUCGAGGAUGCCUACACCUCCUCCUCCGGAUCCACCAAGACCCUCGAGAACACCCUCAAGGCUACCUUCGUUGCCAUCUCCAACACUUACGGUUUCCUGACCCCCGAACUGUGGAAGGAGACUAAGCUGAUCCGAUCCCCGCUCGAGGAGUUCGCCGACACUCUCCGCGAGGGCAAGAGAUACUAAGAGACAUUUGGAAUGGUUUUCGGGCUUUUUCGGGCGUCUUUUGUCUUUUGAUCAUAUAAUGCAUGCAUGAUAAGAUGACUGCUAGGGUGAGCCAAGGUCGUCAAAGGGAUUUUCGGGCAUGAGGCUAGCAAAAAAUCAAGAAGCUAUUGAGACAUUUGGUCUCGAGUUGACUAA